AUGUCUGAACAAGGAAUAAUAGAGGUACCACAUUUAAAAUAUCCAAAUCCUUUAGCAAAUUUUAGUAGAGGUAUAGGAUAUCCACAAUGGAAACCAAUAGAUACAAAAAAACAAGUAUUUGAAUUAUUUAAAUUUGGUUUUUAUUCAACAGUUGGAUCAUAUGCAUUUUUAUAUAUGUGGAAACGUACAACAUUUAAAUUAACUAUCCCCAUUUCGGCAAUAACAUUUAUAACAGUUGCAAAAGGUAUACAAUCAUCAUUAGCAAAUUUAAGAGAAAAAAAUGAUUGUUGGAAUAUAUUUUGGGGAUUAAUUGGUUCAAAUACUUUAAUAUUAAGUUUAGGGUUUAAAAAUAUGCCUCCAAGAACAAAAAUUAUUACAGGAUUUUUAGGUACAACUGCAGCAACUAUAAUAGAUAGAGCUUAUUGGGCUCAAUCUGCAAGUUCACCUGUUAAAAAUGCUAAAUAUGAUUUAAAUCAAUCAAAUGAAAAAUUAACAAAACAACAAUUUUGGGAUGUUUGGAAUAGAAGACCUGCUACUGAAACUUUUCAAGAUUUAAAUGUCUUAUCAACAGCUAGAGUGAUUGAAGAAGAGAAAUAA